CAGGAAGGUAGGGGCGGGGCUCUGGGCGUGACGUAACCGGCGCAGAGCCUGACUUGCCCAUAUUUAGCAGGCUUGCCUCGGAGAGAUCCCCAGCCUGCCAGCCAGCUUCACACAUCAUCUGUCAUACUCGGGGGGGAAAAAAUCUCAACUCUUUCGGCGUGCACCGAGGACUUGACAGCUGGAUUUUGUUUUAUUUUUCUAUUUUUGGGCAAACCGGGCUGUCGAAGACGACGACGCCGUGUCGAUAAUUCUAGCCGGCGAAAGUGCCUGUUCUGCUGUUUUACCCCCCUACAUCCCUCCUUCGUAAAAGUAACCGUCACAAUUCUACCUCGUCGCGAGCGAGCUAACCGGCUAACAUUAGCCCGUAUCUUCGACGUAUGACACGGUUUUAAAUUCACCCCAAAGGCGCCUCUUCGGCUUUUGUUGACUCUUUAACCCCGCGGCGAUGACUUCCUGACCGCAGAGAUACUUUUUAAUCCAAAAACGAAAAGAAAAAAGAAGGAGGCUUCACGAGCGAGCUAAACUGAGCUAACCCGAGUGGCGCCGCGCUAGCAGCGUCACCCGGGAUUGGACACGUUGCCAACGGCGAGGAGGUGGUGUAGGGGCGGCCUACGGCUCGACACCCUCGCCUAGGCAAGGUGGGGUCGAAGAGACCCGGAGCCCGCCAUUCUGCGGCGGCACAGGCUUUGCUGAGCCGCGGGGAGACACCGGCUUGAAGGGAGGAGAAACCGGAGGAGGGAGGAAGCAGGAGGACCGGGCAGGUUUUUUUUUUUGACAAGUGGGAUCCGGGAAGUAAACCGGGCAGUGACCUCAUGAAUGGAAAUCGGAACUACAGGAGCCGUUGGGGCCCAGUCCCUGUUCGCCAUGCCUCGGCGGCCCGGCUACGGCACCAUGGGCAAGCCCAUCAAGCUGCUGGCCAACUGCUUCCAGGUGGAGAUCCCCAAGAUGGAUGUCUACCUUUACGAGGUGGACAUCAAGCCUGACAAGUGCCCGCGGCGAGUCAACCGGGAGGUGGUUGACUCCAUGGUGCAGCACUUCAAGGUGACCAUCUUUGGGGAUCGCAGGCCAGUCUACGAUGGCAAGAGGAGUCUGUACACGGCCAACCCGCUGCCUGUGGCGCCCACCGGGGUGGACCUGGAUGUCACUCUGCCGGGCGAGGGGGGCAAAGAUCGUCCCUUCAAGGUGUCCAUCAAGUUUGUGUCUCUGGUGAGUUGGCACAUGCUGCACGAAGUGCUGACGGGUCACAGCAUGCCCGAGCCGCUGGAGCUGGACAAGCCCAUCAGCACCAAUCCCGUGCACGCCGUGGACGUGGUGCUGAGACACCUGCCGUCCAUGAAAUACACGCCGGUGGGCCGCUCCUUCUUCUCGGCUCCGGAGGGCUAUGAUCACCCCUUGGGCGGAGGCAGGGAGGUGUGGUUCGGCUUCCACCAGUCGGUGCGCCCCGCCAUGUGGAAGAUGAUGCUGAACAUUGACGUGUCCGCCACCGCCUUUUACAAGGCCCAACCGGUCAUCCAGUUCAUGUGCGAAGUGCUGGACAUCCACAAUAUAGACGAGCAGCCGCGCCCUCUCACCGACUCGCACAGGGUCAAGUUCACCAAAGAAAUCAAAGGUUUAAAGGUUGAAGUGACGCACUGCGGAACCAUGCGGAGGAAGUACCGCGUUUGCAACGUGACCCGCCGGCCGGCCAGCCAUCAAACGUUCCCCCUCCAGCUGGAGAAUGGCCAGACUGUGGAGCGCACCGUAGCCCAGUAUUUCAGGGAGAAGUACAGCCUGCAGCUCAAGUACCCCCACCUGCCCUGUCUGCAGGUGGGCCAGGAGCAGAAGCACACCUACCUGCCCCUGGAGGUGUGCAACAUCGUGGCGGGCCAAAGAUGCAUCAAGAAGCUGACGGAUAAUCAGACGUCCACCAUGAUCAAAGCGACUGCUCGCUCCGCGCCUGACAGACAGGAAGAGAUCAGCAGGCUGGUACGCAGCGCCAACUACGACGCCGACCCCUUCGUGCAGGAGUUCCAGUUCAAAGUGCGCGACGAGAUGGCUCACGUGACGGGGCGAGUGCUACCCGCCCCCAUGCUGCAGUACGGCGGCAGGAACCGCACAGUGGCCACGCCCAGUCACGGGGUUUGGGAUAUGAGGGGCAAGCAGUUCCACACCGGUGUCGAAAUCAAGAUGUGGGCCAUCGCCUGCUUCGCAACGCAGCGCCAGUGUCGGGAAGACAUUCUCAAGUCAGAAGAGAUUAAAGCGUUUUUAGUUUUAAACCGAAGCUGUCAGCUAGGUCGUAACGUAACAAAAUGUCCGUUUAGGGCGUUCACGGACCAACUACGCAAGAUCUCCAAGGACGCCGGCAUGCCCAUUCAGGGCCAGCCGUGCUUCUGCAAGUACGCGCAGGGAGCGGACAGCGUGGAGCCCAUGUUCAGACACCUGAAGAACACCUACGCCGGAUUACAGCUCAUCAUCGUCAUUCUGCCUGGCAAAACUCCCGUCUACGCGGAGGUGAAGCGCGUGGGAGACACGCUGCUGGGCAUGGCCACGCAGUGCGUCCAGGUGAAGAACGUGGUCAAGACGUCCCCUCAGACCCUCUCCAACCUCUGCCUCAAGAUCAACGUCAAGCUGGGGGGCAUCAACAACAUCCUGGUGCCACACCAAAGGCCGUCAGUGUUUCAGCAGCCAGUCAUCUUUCUGGGAGCCGAUGUGACACAUCCGCCUGCCGGGGAUGGCAAGAAGCCCUCCAUUGCUGCAGUGGUGGGCAGCAUGGACGCCCACCCCAGCCGCUACUGCGCCACCGUGCGGGUGCAGAGGCCCAGGCAGGAGGUGAUCCAGGAUCUGGCCUCGAUGGUGCGCGAGCUGCUCAUCCAAUUCUACAAGUCCACACGUUACAAGCCCACCCGCAUCAUUUUCUACAGGGACGGAGUUUCUGAAGGCCAGUUCAGACAGGUGCUGUAUUACGAGCUGCUGGCCAUCCGUGAGGCCUGCAUCAGCCUGGAGAAGGAGUACCAGCCGGGUAUCACCUACAUCGUGGUGCAGAAACGCCACCACACGCGCCUCUUCUGCGCCGACCGCAACGAGCGAGUCGGACGCAGCGGAAACAUUCCCGCUGGUACGACGGUGGAUACGGACAUCACGCAUCCUUACGAGUUUGACUUUUACCUCUGCAGUCACGCUGGAAUACAGGGCACCAGCCGGCCCUCGCACUACCACGUGCUGUGGGACGACAACUGUUUCACGGCUGACGAGUUCCAGCUGCUCACCUACCAGUUGUGCCACACCUAUGUGCGCUGCACCCGCUCGGUGUCCAUCCCCGCGCCCGCAUACUACGCCCACCUGGUGGCCUUCCGCGCCCGCUACCAUCUGGUGGACAAAGAACACGACAGCGCCGAGGGCAGCCACGUGUCAGGUCAGAGUAAUGGUCGAGACCCGCAGGCACUGGCCAAAGCUGUCCAAAUCCACCAUGACACCCUGAGGACCAUGUACUUCGCUUGAGCUGCAACCCACCCACAACCAACAUCCUCCACACACUCAACACACACACACACACACACACACAUGCACACACACACGCGGUUAGCUUGGCAGGCAGAAAGUCCUCACACACGUACACACACACACACACGCCUAGUCAAUCCGGAUCCGACACUGUGCAGAGGGAAGCAGGGAGAAGGAGGAGGCGGCACCCCACACUGGAUUGAGGAUGCAAAAACGCUGCUUUUGACCAGGAAAAAAAACAAAACUCAGCACUAAUAUGCAAUAGAAACCAGCCAACUCCUUUUAUUUCCAUCCUUUUUUUCCCCCUCCCUUUCUUUGUUUCCCCUUCUUUUAUGCUGUGCUCCCCUGUUUACAUUCAGGGCACCGCUCCUCAAAUCAGUUCACAAGCAGCAGCACUUUUAUAUUCUUUUUUUGUGUGUGUUUUUAAGCAAACGGGGGAGCAGUGGGAAGGCGCUCAGAUUAUGAAUUUAUUUGUCUCCUUUGCUCCCUCCCGCUUGUGAUAUAACCAGUUCUUUGAGCACACUGCCAUCAGUUGUCUACAAGGUGGAACGUCAUCCCCGAAAUGCCUCAUGACGUUCUGUUCUGUUGUGGGUUAAAUCAGAAUUUUUUUGUUCAAACUAAAUCAAAUUAACCAGUAAAAAUCAAGAUUUUUUUUAAAAGUGUACCAAGUACAAAAGAUUUGCCUAAAACCUAUUGCUGACCUCAUAGUGUCGUAAUUUUGUUUUUAAUGAGCAAAUUUGUUAUGUUUUUUUUAUAUUUCCCUCUCAUAAAAUUGACCAGUAAAAAUUCUAGAUUUUCUUUGGUGGGAAUAUUUUAGGGUAACUUCUUCCAGAUCUUUCUUUUUUCCUUCUUUAAUUUUAAUACAUAUAUAAUUUAAAGAUGUUUAUAAAUUUCAAUCUGACCAUCAACAUAAUUUGGGAUGAAAUUUGACAAUGGAUCAAUUUGACCCACAGUAUAACAGAAGGGUUAAACUUGACAACGGGUCAAUUUGACCCAAAGCAAAACAGGAGGGUUUAAAGACGCUGUCACUAGUAUCUCUUGUCUCAAUACAUCAUCACAGCCAUCGCUCGAUUUUUAAAACGUAUUUAAGUAUAACACUGUUGUCUUUUUAUAUCCUGAUGUCAUUUUUUUAAUCGAUUCUCUUUUUGUUUUGCAUCAUGUGAAGCUUUGACAUGUCCCUUACCUUGUCGCAACCAUUUUAUUUCCCGGGCAACACUUUUUUUUUUUUUUUUUUUUUUUUUUUUUUUUUUUUUUGAGUGGAGACAAUGUUGGCGGGCCUUCCCUUGUGCAAUAAUGUGCAGAAGGAGAGUUAAUUGAUUCACACGUUUGGCAAGAGGUUUGCAUUAGGCACUUUUGAAAUGAAUUUUUUGUGAUCUGUGCGCAAAGUGCGGUUUCGACGACAUUUCACAUUCUUGAAGGAUUCACAUGUUUUGGAAUUCCCGAUAAAUUAUAUUUCCGGCCUGAUUGCAGCAACGUGGAGUACAAAUGCCAUAAGAGAGAGAGCGGGAGUAUUUUAAGUGCCUGGCGAAAGGUGAAGCGCGCCAUGCCAAACGGGCAAAGUAACUCAACCGACAAAAUGUUUCACCCGAUGCCUCGUGUUCUUCUCAACAAAGCGACUUUUCUACACGAUUGUAUCGGAAAACCAUCCUGACAUUGAUGUGUGCUUUAUCAUGUUUGUGCCUGUACCGCAGUGUUAGCUGGUAGCUUUGCUUGGAGACAGCAGUCCGAUCGUCUUGCAAUUAUAAUCAUGUUUUGAGUUGCUCCACUAGCUAAAACUGGCUUCGGAGCAAAACAAAAAAAAAAAUAGCGGAAGAGUAAAAUGGAGACUACGUUUUUUUGGUUUGUUCUGUCAAAUCUAGUCUGGAGAGCGGUCGCUGUUUGACUCCUUUGCGCUGCUGAUCGUCUGAAACUUUUUUUUUUUGUAGGGUCAGGUGGAUGUUUUUUUUCCUUUACAAAGUUAACUGCACUAAAAGAAGCAUGUGUUCUGCUUGCGGACACAGGCGUGGUGCUACUCGAACGCAUAGCAAAUCCGAGGCUGAACUGAACUUGAGACAAGUUGAGCAGGUUAGGAGAAAUCAGAAACCAUUAGGGUGACCCCCCCGGUAGCCCAGUGCUGGUUUUGGUUAUCUGAUGGGUUCUCAAUUCCCCUGAUUUAGUUGGUGUGGAACAGCCAUCACUGCUGGGGUGAAUAUGGGAUGGCCCCAUUACCCAAUUUUUUUGUGUUGGCAUGACUCCCACUUCCCUCGUGAAUGUGGGCUAGUCGCACUACCCUGCUGGGAAUUGGAUGCCUGGAUAUCUCCCACUUGCCUGGUGAUUAGGGAUUAGCCCCACUACUCCGCAUGUCCCUUGGGAUAUUUGGGUUUUGGAUGGUUCCCUAAUCUCUCUCUGGAGGUAGCCCUGAGAACGGUAUAGUCUGGAAAAGAUGUGUUGAAAAGUCUUUUAUCCACUGUUGCAUUGGACUACCUUCGGAAGGCGUUUCCCUCUGGCGUGGAAGCUUCCGGAGGUCUAAGGCGGUGUAAUGAAAUGCCUUUAAAAAAAAAAAAAAAAAAAAAAAGCCAGAUCAAAAGUAUAUUUGUAAAUUUGAAAUGAUGUACUACACACCAAUUAUUUUUGCUAACAGAUUAAAAAAUGUAGUUGAAUUAUUCUUAGUAAUAAGUGUAACACCGUAUGUUAUGGUUUGAAAAAGUGAAAUAGAAAGUUUUUAUUCAAAUUAUUGCAAUAGACUGUUGACUUAUGUCGCUGUAAAUCGUAUCGUGUGUAUGUGCCGAACGGUGGCGGGUGGUCCAAAGUAGCGAUCUGUCUUGACCGCGACUGUCAUAAUGUUUGGGCAGCAGACUCGGAACCACCGACCGGACCUCGAAUGAUCAUUUUGUAGACGUGUAUUCAAAGAGUGAGAAAACGUAUUAGCUCUUGAAUGUUCUUUAGCGUUUUUUUGUUUUGUUUUUUAGUCCACCCUGGUGCUGACACCUGCCCCUAAACAGGCAAGUGAUCCAUUUGUAAAGAGUGUCAGAAUAUUAAUGAAGUGGGUAUUUUUUUUUUUUUUUACGACUUCACAAUCUGACAGAAGCAGUUGCUGGUGCUUGUCCAAGGAGAAUCUAAGGCUGAACUUCCUUCCAGACUUUUAGGCAGAUUAGCAAAGUAGGAAAGUUCGAAGGUGGCCCUUGGUGCCCCCCCCCCCCCCCCCCCAAAUCUCUGAGGGUACUAUAGUGGGUUAGGGUUAGGGCUCCCGCCAGCCCCACUGUUGUUUUCUUUUGUCCACCUCCUGCUCCAAAACUGGCAAGUGGUCUUUUUUUCAAGGACAGUUGGAAGAUGUAUUUCUUUUUUUUUUUUAGACAUUUUUCUUCCCUCACAGUUCAAUCCCCACCCUGACCCCGAGAACCAGUUUCUUUGCCCUACAGAAAACCCCUUUAAAAACAAGGUGAGGGGACGAUUUUUUGCGAUUUGGAUUCAAGGAUGUCUUAUUGUGCCUAAUUCAUGGCUUUGUGAGGACACGAAAGGUUAAGUGAUGCCGCAGUGGUGGUACGACAGGUGUUUACAAGACCUCGCAUUCAGCUGGAAUGAAAAUGGAGAUACCGUGAAAAGAAGUGACACAAGUUCAAGGAAUGUUUUGCUCGAUUUUUGUCGAAAAGCUUCGUUUCCCUUUAAAGUGGAAGGUGUAAUUCCACAGAAAGUAACGGUCCACACAGGAAGUGCCUUUCCUCUUGAUUCUCCAUUUUUUCCCCCCAAUUUCCUCUCUAUAGACUGACAAACAUUGGCAGUGUCUUGGAUUUUGUUGUGGUACAACCCGAUGUGGAGAAACCAUGAAUGUCAACCACAGCACUUCAGAGACCAACAUUUAAAUGAGGUUCAGUACCUUAUGUCUCAACCUGGAGUUUUUAAAUCCACUCCUUGGACCUUUCAAAUGCGUGGGGGGGGGGGGGGGGGGGUGUCAACAAAACGUUUGACGGAGUGGGAGGACUGAAGCUUUCAUUUGUCUUGAAGGGCAAUAAAAAAGAGAGACCAGCAUCAGUAUUGAACGGUUCACGGAGACCUGGCACUCCCUCAUGCUAGUGCAAUGUCGGGGGAUGGCAAAAUGAGCCCGUAGGGUGUCAACUGUAAGGGUCUAAAUCCAGUUGGAAUUGGGGGUUAACUUUUUUUUUUUACUUUUUUUAGGGAGUUCUCUGAAACACUGCACCUCACUUACCUUGGUAUGCUGCAUAAUGUUCUACGACAUAAAAGACAAAAACUGCGAAUUGCUUAUGACAUACAGUACAUGCUCGAAUAAUGCCUGACAUUCGUAACUAUUUUAGAGUUUAAAAGCAUAACUAUAAAACAUUUUUUGUCUUAACAGAUUUUUUUUUUUAAUUUGUUCUUGAGCCGACUUUCCUUUUUGUUGUCCUAUUUAAAUGUGUUAAUGGAAUAUAUAUAUUAAGCCUUUAUAUGCGGAGUAUUUUAUGGCGUAUUUAUUGUGUUUUUUCGGUUGUUUUUGUGGAAGGUUUUGGAGCCUCAUUCUCGUACGCGCAAGCACAACAAUACAUGCGAACGGGCUGUUUUUUUUUUUUUGUUGUUUUUUUUUUAAACGGAACUUCCUCAUAAUUUAACCUCCAAACGCCAAUCCCGACGUCAUAAGCAGUUUGAGACCUGAGACUUUGGGCUACCUUUGCCAUAUCAAUUCCAUUGGAUGGAUUACACUAUGUAAGGGGCAUUGGGUUUUCGGCUGAAAUCUCAAGAUGAACCAAAAUUGCACUAGUAAAGUAGCUGGCUAGAUAAUUAACUUAUACAAAAGAGUAGAAGUUGUAAAACUAGCCAGUACAUAGAACUGAAAUAAUGAACAGUGUGAUCAAAAAUGGAGACAUGGUCAAAUUGGGUGAUUCUAUGAAGCUGACGAGACAUUUUUGGUUCAUCCUGAAAUUUCAUUCAAAAGCCAGAUGAUCAUGCCCUUUUGUGAGAAACUUAUCUACAAAAGGUCUGGUGUUCUUGUGCCACAUGAGGACGGGUGUCAAUUAAAAAAAAAAAAAAACUUGUGUCCUACGCCUGCGUACUUGAAACCAAUCGUACGUUUCGUCUCUUCUCGUUUCAAAACCACUAAAAUCGCUACGCUAAAGUCUCUCUGUUCGGGAUUGUCCGAGUUUUUCUCAGCGUGUUUUCUGUCAUGUCCGGCUACCCGCCGACGACAAAAUCCGAUCCGAUCCCAAUCAGAAGGCUAGCUAGCGAGACCUGUGCCUGUCUUGUCUUCUUUGGGCAAACGAGAUUGUACUUUUUUUUUUUUUUCCUUCCAAAGCGGAAUAACGUAACCUCCAUUUGUUACUUAAUCCGGUUUGUGGUUUUUUUUUUUUUCACACCCCAACAGCAUUCCAGUACUGAAAGUUGAACCAAAUAUUGCGAAAGAGAUUAAACGUCCUGAUUGCUUGUCCGUGGCCAAGGAAACAUUUUAUUUGAGUUUUUUUUUUUUUUUUUUACGUAGCAUCUCUUUGCGUCAGUCACAUGUAUAAAGAUCUGUACAACGACGCCAACGUGAUUUCGCAUUUGUCGCAAUUGUACCGACUGCUCGACUCUUUGCUUUUUGUAACUUGUUCCUUUUAGGUUGUUGGCCUUUUUUUUAGUAUUGCUUUGCUUCUGUUUGAAGUGUAUGUUUGACUAAUACUUGCAAUAAAGUGCUUUGCUUUUUCCUUACCAUUA